CCGGUGGUGUCGGCGAUAAGCGUCUGUCUCCGAAUUCUUCUCUGGAGACAUCACCUCUCUCUUCGUUUUUCCCGCUUAUUCCUUACAAAAUGGCAUCUCCAACACCUCCAACCUCCAACUGAUCUCUUUCUCUGAAAACCUAGAAAUCGGAGAAUCCGCAGUCUCAAAGAUCAAUCCUCCUUUUCCUCAGUUGUGGUGCAAACUACAGCAAGCUCAUAAGUGUUCCAGACACAUCAUGGGCUCAAAAACGAACUCAGCAGGAAGUAAGACUCGCAGCUCAAUAUCUAUAUUUAUCGUGGCGGGUCUGUGCUGUUUCUUCUACAUCUUGGGUGCAUGGCAGAAGAGUGGUUUCGGAAAGGGAGAUAGCAUAGCAUUGGAGAUUACCAAGCAGACAGAUUGCAGUGUCUUGUCCAAUUUGAAUUUUGAGACCCAUCACAAUGAUGUGGUUGAUACCACUGACCCCUCCAAAACAAAAGCUGAAGUAUUUGAGCCCUGUGAUGUUCGGUACACGGACUACACUCCUUGCCAAGACCAAAAUCGGGCAAUGAAGUUCCCAAGAGAAAAUAUGAACUACAGAGAAAGACAUUGUCCGGCUGAGGAUGAAAAAUUGCAUUGUCUUAUCCCAGCACCCAAAGGAUAUGUAACUCCAUUUCCUUGGCCAAAGAGCCGUGACUAUGUGCCCUAUGCAAAUGUUCCUUACAAGAGUCUGACAGUUGAGAAGGCUGUCCAGAACUGGGUUCAGUUUGAGGGUAAUGUAUUCAAAUUUCCUGGUGGAGGAACAAUGUUUCCCCAAGGUGCAGACGCAUACAUUGAUGAACUCGCUUCGGUUAUCCCAAUCGCCGACGGAACAGUUAGAACUGCACUGGAUACCGGUUGUGGGGUUGCAAGUUGGGGCGCUUACCUGUUGAAAAGAAAUGUGUUAGCCAUGUCCUUUGCACCAAGGGAUUCACAUGAAGCGCAGGUGCAGUUUGCUUUGGAGCGUGGUGUACCUGCAGUUAUUGGUGUGCUUGGGACUGUAAAGCUUCCAUACCCAUCUAGAGCCUUUGAUAUGGCUCAAUGCUCACGGUGUUUGAUCCCAUGGACAUCAAAUAAUGGGAUAUACAUGAUGGAAGUAGACCGAGUUCUCAGACCUGGUGGGUAUUGGAUACUGUCUGGGCCUCCCAUCAAUUGGAGGACCUACUAUAAAACAUGGAAGCGGUCUAAGGAGGAGCUUCAGGAGGAACAAGGAAAGAUUGAAAAGAUGGCGGACCUUCUUUGCUGGGAGAAGAAGUAUGAGAAGGGAGAUAUGGCUAUCUGGAGGAAGAAAAAGAAUGCUGAUUCAUGUCGUCAGAGACAAGAUGAUCCUGCAACCAAGUUUUGUGAAUCCACAGAUGCUGAUGAUAUCUGGUAUAAGAAGAUGACAACAUGCAUAACCCCUCUCCCUGAAGUCAGUAAUCCAAAUGAUGUUGCUGGGGGGGAGUUGAAGAAGUUCCCAGCUAGGCUAUUUGCUGUCCCACCAAGAAUAGCUCUUGGAUACAUUCCAGGGGUUACAGCAGACUCAUAUCAAGAGGACAAUAGAUUGUGGAGGAAGCACGUCAAUUCUUAUAAGAAGAUCAAUAAAUUAAUUGGAUCUGGGAGGUAUAGGAACGUGAUGGAUAUGAAUGCAGGUCUUGGAGGUUUUGCAGCAGCCCUCGAGUCCCCAAAAUCGUGGGUGAUGAAUGUUGUGCCUACUAUUUCUGAGAAAGAUACUUUGGGGGUUAUUUACGAGAGAGGAUUGAUUGGCAUUUAUCAUGACUGGUGUGAGGCCUUCUCUACUUACCCAAGGACAUAUGACCUCAUUCAUGCCUAUGGUGUCUUCAGCUUGUAUGACAACAAGUGCAAAAUGGAAGACAUUCUUCUAGAGAUGGACCGCAUCUUGCGUCCAGAAGGCGCUGUCAUAUUCCGCGAUGAUGUUGAUGUCCUGAACAAAGUGCGGAAGGUGGUCAGCAGUAUGCGAUGGGAUACUAAAAUGCUGGAUCAUGAAGAUGGUCCUCUUGAGCCUGAAAAGAUAUUGGUCACCGUUAAGCAGUAUUGGGUGGGAAGUAAUAGUACAUCCGAUGACGAAUGAACAGGCGUUUGAAGAAAGAAAGAAAGAAAAGAGCAGGAUAAGCUACGAAGGGACCAAAGAUUGGAACUGGGUUUCAUAUCAUACAUGGGUAAUGAUUCCUCCAUCAGCUUAUUUAUGUAUUUGUGUUCCUUGUAGAUGCAUCGUAGAUGCUAAGGUAGGUUUUUGCUGUUGUUUAGAUCUGUUGCGAAGCAUUGGUUGUAGGCUACCUGACUCAAAAAAUUGAUUGUAUGCUCACUGAUGGUAAGAGAAUGAAAUUUGUUGUUGUAUCCAUGCGUACCUCAUUUAUAAAGAGGGGGAAUUCAAAGGAAAUUUCGUGUUCCA